UGUGACAGACUGAUACAAGUGGGUCCUCUGAGAAAUCCAGUUGUAGUCCCACAUGAGAUGGAGGCUCAGACAGUCACGUGGCUGGUUUUUCUGGCCCUAAUAAAACAUGUUUCUACAAAUAAGCCUGGAAGUCCUGUUGAAUAUAAGCCGAAGAAGGCGAGCAUUUCUGUCAGUGGCUCUUCUAAUAACCAAGUGAAAGUUGGUCGUUCUCUCACGUUAACCUGUGACACCGAUGCCAAUCCUGCCUCGACGACUUACUCCUGGUCCAGCAGCAAAUAUCAACAAACUGACUCACGGUGGAAGCCGACAAACAGACGAGAGCUGAGUUUAACAAUACAAAGAGCAGAUGAAGAUUGUUACAGCUGCAGCGCCUCAAACCGCAUUGGUAGAGGGGAUGAGAGUCAACCAGUGUGCAUACAAGUACUGUACCCGCCCACUGAACCUAUACUGUCUAUGAGUUCUGAGGUCACAGAAGGUCAGACCACCACCGUCAGCUGCACUGUUGAAAGUUUCCCACAGUCAACUCUCACCUUGAUGAGGACCAACACAUAUCAGGCUUUUGUAAUCGCUGAAAAUAAUCUUAAUUCUCGACCCAACAACUCUUUCUCCCACACGUUUACUGUGACUUCAGCUGACGCUGGCUGGUACGUCUGCCGUGCCCAGAACACUGAGGGCUCAAAGGACAGCAAGUGGAAGGAGUUGGUGGUGAAAUACAGUCCCAAAAAUUUGACAGUUCAAGCCAAUCCUUGUCUUGAUGUGAAGGAAAAUUCGUUGUUGACACUGAACUGUUCUGCCGAGUCCAACCCACCAGUGAGCUCUGUCACCUGGAGGAAGACGACUGAUGGGAGAGAGGAAAUCAUCCAACAGACUCAGACUCAGACCUUCAGGGUGAAUUCAGCCAGUCCCUCUGACAGUGGACUGUACAGCUGUGAAGCCACCAAUGACAUUGGAAGUGGAAAGUCACAGCCAGCUGAGGUUAAAGUCAGAUGUGAGUAG